GGCAAUUUUGUUGCCACCGUUGACCACAUUCAGGAACCGUCCGGCGCGCGAUACAGUCGACAAGCUGAGUGUUCGUAUACGUUUGUGAAGUGAAUCAGUGGAGGUCAAACAGGAAAGCACGGUGUAUUCAAUUCCGACGCAACAGAAAACGGUUGCAGCAAUGGUAAUCAACUUUGGGGCAGGUCCGGCUAAAUUGCCUAGGGAAGUUCUGUGCGAGGUACAGAAAAAUCUCGUCGAACAUGGCACGAGUGGUAUGAGCGUGAUGGAGAUGUCCCAUCGAGGAAAUGCUUACGUCGCAUUACACGACGACACAUUGGCACUGGUCAAGGAACUGCUUGAUGUUCCAGAUAACUAUAAGAUCCUGCUUAUGCAAGGCGGAGGAACAGGAUUGUUUGCUGCUGUUGCUAUGAACCUAAUUGGCAAAACGGGAAAAGCAGACUAUAUCGUCACGGGUAGUUGGUCGUCGAUGGCCGCCAAAGAAGCGGCACGGUAUGGCAAAAUUAAUUAUGCAGCACCCAAGCAAGACAAAUACACCGGUAUUCCAGAUCCGAAGCAGUGGAAUCUCGAUCCGGAAGCAUCGUACGUCUAUUACUGUGACAAUGAAACAAUUGGUGGUAUUGAAUUUGACUCUGUGCCAGAAACAAACGGCGUGCCGUUGGUGGUGGACAUGUCUUCGAACAUGCUAUCUCGAAGAAUCGAUGUCAAGAAGUUUGGCGUUAUAUUUGCCUGCGCGCAGAAAAACAUCGGCCCAUCCGGUAUUACGGUAGUAAUAGUGCGGGAAGAUCUAAUAGGCCACGCAAUGCCAAUCACUCCGACCAUUUUCGAUUUUAGCGUCAUCUCUAAAGCGAAUUCAAUUAGUAACACACCGCCAACCUUCAUCAUCUAUGUGAUGGGUCGUGUAUUUGCUUGGAUUAAACGAAACGGAGGAGUCGAUGCAAUGUACCAUCAGUCGAUGAUUAAGUCAGAGUUGAUAUAUGACGUGAUUGCAAAGUCUAAUGGAUUUUACUACUGUCCGGUUGAUGCAAAAGUACGCAGCCGAAUGAACGUACCCUUCCGGGUCGGUGGUGCGAACGGAGAUGAAGAGCUGGAAAAACAAUUCUUAAAAGGUGCAGAAUCGCUUGGAAUGCAGCAGCUGAAAGGUCAUCGCUCGGUCGGUGGCAUCCGUGCAUCUCUGUACAACGCGGUAACGGUCGAGGAAGCAACAUCUUUGCAGCAGUACAUGCUGGAGUUUUUGAAGAAUCACCAGAAAUUGUAAAACCUUUACCCAGCGUCCAGUUUAUUGCCGCAUCGGUGUACGGUUCUUUGCUAUCUACUGGUUAAGUAGAAACAUGUAUUUUUAAUUGACAUUCUCCUGCCGAAAUAUAUCAUCCAAAAUAGA